UCCCGUCCAAACAUCAACUAGCUAAUCAAUCAAUCAAUCAAUCAACUCUCAUUAAUCAGAUCAUCAAUUUGCCGUUUUCAUCACCAUCAUCAUCACCAUCAAAUGUCGUAACACCCACGAUCAUUAACGAUGCUGCCCAUCGUCCGAGUCAGAGGCUACGCCUGGGUCGCUCUCAUCGCCACCCUCCUCCUCAUCUACUUCUGGAGCUCCUCAACCGUCUCCCCAUCACCUCCUCCAGUUCCAGACUGGCGCACUCCCAAAUACAACUCCUACUUCUGGAAGACCCUCCCGGUACACUAUCCGCCAAAGUCAAUCCGCCCGCUACCAACCACAUCCCCGGUCAAGUAUCCCAAGAUCCAGACGUCAUUCGCCAAGGAGUCGCCCGACGCGCGCAAGACUCGCCAAAGCCGCCAGCUCGCCGUCAAGGACGUCUUUGCCAAAUGCUGGGCCUCGUACAAGGAGCAUGCAUGGACCGCGGACGAAUUGGCGCCCGUAUCGGGGGGCAAGAAGAAUCCCUUUGGCGGCUGGGCCGCUACACUGGUGGAUUCCCUCGACACCCUCUGGAUCAUGGGCAUGAAGCCCGAGUUUGACGACGCCGUUGCUGCCGCCCACGCCAUUGACUUUACCAAAACCGCCCUCGACGAGGUCAACGUCUUUGAGACCAACAUUCGCUACCUGGGCGGCUUCCUGUCCGCAUACGACCUCAGCGGCGACUCCCGCCUGCUGGACAAGGCCGUCGAGGUCGGCGAGAUGCUCUACAAGGCCUUCGACACGCCCAACCGCAUGCCCAUCACCAGGUGGGACAUCCACGCCGCCAUGGACGGCAAGAAGCAGGAGGCCCAUCCCAGCGUGCUGGUAGCCGAAAUCGGCAGCCUGUCCAUGGAAUUCACGCGCCUGUCCCUCAUCACGCGCGACCCAAAGUGGUUCGACGCCGUGCAGCGCAUCAUGGACGGCAUGGCGGCGGCGCAGAAAUCGACGGCGCUGCCGGGACUCUGGCCGCUCGUCGUCAGCGCGAAGGACGAGAUUUACAACGUCGGCGAUGCGUUUACCAUGGGCGCCAUGGCGGACAGCGUCUACGAGUAUCUGCCCAAGAUGUCUGCCUUGAUAGGGGGACAGCUGCCCAUGUACCAGGAGAUGUACGAGCUCGCAGCCACAACAGCAACCAAGCACAACCUGUUCCGACCCAUGACGCCAAAGAACGACGAUAUUCUCAUCUCGGGCACGGUAAAGGCCGAUAAAGGCACCGUCGUCAGUCUUGAUCCCCAAGGCCAACAUCUAGUGUGCUUCCUAGGCGGCCUAAUGGCCCUCGGAGGCAAAAUGUUCAACCGCCCCCAGGACGUCUCCGCAGCCACCAAGCUCGUCGACGGCUGCAUCUGGACAUACAAGGCCCUCCCGCACGGCAUCAUGCCCGAAACAUUCCACAUGCUGCCCUGCCCCUCCUCCUCCGCCUCCUCCUCCUCCUGCCAGUGGGACGAGGCCGCCUGGAAGAAGGAAGUCCUCCGCCGGGCCAGCGACCCGGGCUCCUCCACCGCCGACGACAUCAUCAAGCGAGACCGCCUCCCUCCGGGCUUCACCUCCAUCCCCGACCGCCGCUACAUCCUCCGUCCCGAGGCCAUCGAGAGCGUCUUCGUGCUGUACCGCGCCACGGGCCGCGCCGACCUCGUCGAGUCCGCGUGGGACAUGUUCACCGCAGUCAACUCCACGACGAGCACCGCGCUCGCAAACUCCGCCGUCUGGGACGUUACUCUUCCGCGUGAUCAGUUGCCUGACCGGGCGGAUUCGAUGGAGUCGUUUUGGUUGGGCGAGACGCUCAAGUACUUCUACCUCGUGUUUAGUGAGCCGAAUACGAUUAACUUGGAUGAAUACGUGUUUAAUACAGAGGCGCAUCCGUUUAAGCGGCUUGUAAGGUGAAGUAACUGAGUUGAACUGAACUUUAACACUUUUGUAUUACUGAAUGCUUGUUUCUUCUCAUACAUGUACUUGGAGCAUACAUAUUAAGGUAUCAUCUAUAUGGCUUGAAAGCUAGGGCACUUUUGGGUAUCAUUUGAAAUGGAAAGGUUUUCUGGAUAAAGGAAGAAAAAGGGUGAACACAUAACAGAGUUUAUGAAUGAAAGAACAAGGAAGGGCUUUGUCAUAGUUUUGCCUUUUGGGAUAGCAAGGUAGUCAACUGUGUUGGUUGAAUACACACAAAAAGCUGAACAUCUGUCUCUGUUCUUGAGAAAUUGGGGAACAUAUAACAAAGUUUAUGCAAAUACAAGAG